CAGCUCUUUGCCCAAAUUCAAUACCGAUUUUAUUCUUUCUUAUAAAAUUUCACUAUGUUUCGAAUAAUUCUUGUGAUUUUAGCUGCUGCUUGUCUUGCAUUACCCCAAGCAGAGAAAGAUUUGUAUGCAGCAGAACCAUGCUCGGACGAAAAGUGUCUGCCUCCUGAUUGUAGAUGUUCUUCCACUAACAUUCCCAAUGGACUCGAGCCAGCUCAAGUACCACAAUUUGUCCAUCUGACAUUUGACGACGCCGUUCAAGAGCUUAACUACCAGGUUUAUGCUUCACUCUUUUACAACCGAACUAACCCUGAUGGAUGUCCUAUAACGGUAACUUUCUUCGUGUCUCAUGAUUAUACGGAUUACAGCAGAGUUCACGAUUUAUACCUUAAUUAUCAUGAAAUUGCACUUCAUUCCAUCACAGAUGAACCUGCGACUGAUUAUUGGCGAGAUAUUACGAUCGACCAAUUGAAACAAGAAUUCGGAGACGAAAAAACGAUAGUCUCUACAUUUGCCAAUAUUCCACCAGAAGCAAUAAAGGGAAUGAGAAUACCAUUUCUACAAUUAUCUGGGAACAAUACUUACCAACUGGGCAAAGACAUAGGCUUGGAAUGGGACAGUUCUUGGCCAACUCAAACUUUCAGAAACCCUGGACUCUGGCCAUAUACUCUUGACUAUAAAUCAACUCAAGACUGCCUAUUAGGUUUCUGUCCAGAAGAUUCAAUCCCUGGUUUUUGGGUUGCUCCAGUGAUCGACUGGACUGAUCAACAAAACAUUCUUUGCAGUAUGGUGGACGCUUGCGUUAAUAUUCCAGAUGAUGUCGACGGACUUGUACAAUGGUAUAUUGACAACUUCAAUGUUGAAUACAACGGCAACAGAGCACCGAUUGGAUUCUAUGUACAUCAAGCAUAUUUCAACGCAAAUCCUAUCCAUUUAGAAGCGUAUACAAAGUUCGUAGAUUAUUUGCAAGGACUAGAUGACGUUUAUUUGGUGAGUCCAAGCCAAAGUAUUGACUGGAUUAAGAAUCCUACACCUCUUAGCGCGGGUGUUCGCGCAGAAUGCCCUCAAAUCGAAGAUUUAGGCUGCAAUAAGCAAACUUGUCAGUUUACAAAAGGAAACGAAACGAGAUACAUGACAAUUUGUGGAGAUUGUCCAGACGUCUACCCUUGGUUGGGUAAUCCACUGGGUGAAGCUGAAGUAUAAAUUUUUUGAAACAUUGUUAGCAAAAAAAAAAAACAAGUUAUAACUAGUUUAAAGAAAUAAAUAUAUUGUAUAAAAUAAAACACAAACAACAAAACACAAAGAA